AUGGACUGGAGUUUGAAUGGUGUCGGAGAUGACGCGGACUUCCGUGCGCGACGGGGGCGUUACGCUGGUGCCGCUGGCGCUGCGGUGCCGGUGGUGGCGUUCGCGGUACCGCCGGCGCACCUGCAGCUCCGCAAGAACCUGACACCCAACGCUUGUACGGUGCCUUUUCGUCGAAAGGGUCGUGUACUUGGGAGUCGGCGCUGUUUUGUGGUGGCAGAGUCUGACUACGCGGCGGACGACGACUCCGAGACAAGCUAUUCUGGUACAACAAAUCACGGGUAUGCGCAGCCGGGUACCGCGCGAGGUUUUGGGGUAUUCACGCGCAGUCAGGACAGCGAACUAGAGCGUGGACGAGGACGGAGGCAGCAGGCAUAUCGGUUGCUGUCGGAUAGUCGCACGUUUCGGUUCUACGACUAUCUGAGAGAGGCGCACUUUCCAAAAGUUGCGCUAGCUGAGGUUCCAGUGGAUGGUGCGUCGUCGUUGAAGAUGCGCGGGCUCGUUGCUACCGCAGCCAUUCGAGCUGGCGAGGUCAUCUGUCGGAUACCUCGUCGGCUUGCUAUCUGUCUGGGUAGCGAGGGUGAGAACCCCGGUUUGCCCGCACUCCAUCUCUUGCGCAUGAUGACGGACGGCGAGGCCGUGCACAAGUAUAAGGCGUACUUUGACGUUUUGCCGCGCCCGGAAAUGUGCCAAAUGACUACCGACUUCUAUAACGAUGAGGAACUGGGGCAAAUUGCGCACACACCGACUGUUGAGGAGACGCGGCGACGUCGACAGCAGUUGCGAGACACCUUCCUGCAGGAGUUCCUUCGAACGGGAGCGGAUUAUCUGCAUCCCCAGGUGGCUGCCCAAAAUCUUGAUCAUAUGCCAGAGUUUCAGCGUUAUCUAUGGGCUGUGCACUUAGUCGUCAGCCGGGCGUUAGCAGUGCGCACGGGCGACGAGGCUCAGCGCUACCUCAUCCCGCUCCUCGACAUGAUCAACUGCCGUAUGGAUUCGAAACACGAGCUUCGUUACCGUAUUGCAACUGAUGAAUUCGUACUCAUCGCUGGUGAAUCUGUGCGGCGCUCGGAGGAGAUUCGCAUCCCAUAUGGCGGGGGUUUCGUCAGCAACGAUCGACUCAUUCAAGAUUAUGGGUUUAUCGUUGAACGGAACCCCGCCGAUCUGUUGCUCUUCCUUCCUCGACAUUGUGUCCAACGGGCGGACCUCCUGUCCUCCGAGGAACGCGAAAACGUCCGCCAAGAAUGCGCGGCGGUACUUGCGCGGCAGCAACAGGUUCUUAGUGUUCCGUCCGAGCGCAUUCGUGCCUUUAAUCGAGCUGUCGUGGACGCCGCUCGAAAAUGCAUUGAGUUGCUGGAAACCGCCGAAGAAAUUCAGUCUUGA